UCGAUGCCAUGAACAAGGGAAACUGUGCACUGUCAGUCCAAAGAGGAAUAUACCGGCUUGGUAAAUGGCGAAGACCUACGAUUAUCUGUUCAAGCUCUUGCUCAUAGGGGACAGCGGAGUGGGAAAGACAUGUCUCCUGUUCAGAUUCAGCGAGAAUGCGUUCAACACCACCUUCAUCUCCACAAUCGGAAUUGAUUUCAAAAUCAGAACUAUUGAGCUCAACGGGAAGAAAAUCAAGCUGCAGAUAUGGGACACAGCAGGACAGGAAAGAUUUCGGACUAUCACCACAGCAUAUUACAGAGGCGCUAUGGGGAUUAUGUUAGUAUUUGACAUCACCAGUGAAAAGUCAUUUGAGAACAUAAAAAACUGGAUCCGCAAUAUCGAGGAGCAUGCGUCAUCUGACGUUGAGAGGAUGAUCCUCGGAAACAAAUGUGACAUGAAUGACAGGAGACAGGUAUCCAAAGAGAGAGGAGAGAAAUUGGCAAUCGAUUAUGGAAUAAAAUUUCUGGAAACAAGUGCAAAAUCCAGCGUAAAUGUGGAGGAGUCUUUUUUCACCCUAGCCAGAGACAUCAUGGACAGACUCAACAGGAAAAUGAAUGAUGGCGGUCAUGCUGAUGGUGGGGGGCCGGUGAAGAUCUCAGAAAAGCGCUCCAAAAAGCACAACUUCUUCAAAUGUUCUCUGCUGUAACUCUUCUGCAGCGAGUGGAUACAUUUACCCGCUGUGUCACGGUGGCAGCCACAAAUGCUGGUAUAACAUAUCACAUAAGCCCCUGCAAAGAUCUGCAAUAUCAGGCUCAAGAGCAGACAAACGUUUGUGUUUCAAAGCCUUUAAAGUCAAAUUGGAACUGAGGAAUGAUGCAGUUUUAUUUCAUUCGUGGUAGACUCGAAAAAUAAGAAGUGUUUUGUUUGUUGUCUGGUGAUAAUUGUGAUCAUGAUCGUGUCUGUUCUGGUCAUAAGAUAAUGGAUCAAAAAUGAAAGGGAUUGUUUAAAGGUAUAGUUCACCCAAAAAGGAAAAUACCUUUUUUUCGAACACAAAAAACAGCAAAAAAAGAAAUCAUAAAUACUUGUGAAAAGUAGUCCACACCGCUUGUUAAUUAUAUUCCAAGUCUUCUUAAGCCAUAUGACAGCUUUGCAUGAGGAACAGUGUGAAAAUUAAGUAAUUAUUCACUGAAAAUCUUUCUUGACAAGCGUGGUCACCAUUUACUUUCAUUGUAUGGAAAAGAGCAGCUCGGACAUUCUGCUAUAAAUAACUCCCUUAUGUGUUUCUCAGACGAAACAUAGUCAUACAGGUUUGGAGCGCAUGAGAGUGAGUAAAUGAUGACAUUGUUUUCAACUAUUCCUUUAAUGUGUUUUGUUAAAUAUUCUAUACAAAUAAUGCAUACGCUGUCUUAAAACAUUUGCUGCUGAAGGCUUAGAUAUACAUUUAGUAUUUCUAAAUUAGUGAGAGUUAGAAUUUUGUCAGUAUUAUAGUUUGUUUUGUUGUAAUAUGUUACCAAGUGUCUUUAAAAACUACAAAUGCACUGUUUUAUAUGUAUAUAUAUAGUGUGUUUUUUAUUUUGGAACACCCAUGGGUUAAAAGCUCUUUACAUGUGUUUUUAGUGAGCUCUUCUUACAGCCAAAUGUCCAUAUAUAUCACAGACUGACAUCAAUCCACCCACUGGAUGGUUACAAAGAUAGAACCUGAUGGCUGCUUGAUGGAUAGAGGAACAUCUUUAGGCCGUGUAUGAUAGGGAGCACAAUUUACUUGGCAAAAUCACAGGCAAAUGUAUGUGAAUAUCUAUAAUCACUUGAACCUUGAGUCAUUUUUGGAGAUAUUUCAUAAUAAAGACUAAUAAUCAGCCGCUUAAUUUGCAUACAUUUAAAUUAAUGAAUUCAUUUGAUAAUUACAGGCUGCUUAGCCGCAUACAAGCAAGUGUAGAUACUCAAACCAUUAGGUCAUGUGUGAAUUACUUAUGCUUGAAUAAACAAGCCACUAAUGCAUUCUUAUGAGUCAUUAAUAAAACUGCCUUUGAGCGAUAUUUUUGCAUAUCAAUUUGAUAUUUCUCACUCUUUGAGCUCUUAUUGUUUUAUUGGAAGUAGUCAGCGCAAAAUGUUAAAUGUUCUAUGUACAGCCUUUCUUACUGUUUACAUAACUCGUUACACCUUAAGCUCUUAAAGAAGCGUGCUGUUGCCAAAAAGUGGUAUUAUGUGUUUUUUGUGCUUGUAAUGUUAUGUGCAUAGUUGUAUUAGUCAAAGGACACAGGGUGAAUAUUAUAGGUGUUGACACUGGUUAUAUCUGCACUUUUGUUUUUGUUUGAGACAUUUUGGUCUGCCAUUUAUACUUCAGAAGAGGAAGUAAAUGAAGUAGGUAACAGCAAUAAAAUGUCCCAUUCUGGGAUUGCCUUUUCCAACUACUUGUGCUGAUGGGAACCUUAAUGCCUUAGAUCCAUAUCCAUUUAUAUGAGUUGGACUUUUUGAAUCCUGGAACUGCCAUACUUCUCAUAUUCAAAUGGGACCAUUGUUAUGCAUGUAUUAUUUAAUAUUUGUGAUUGUAUGACCUAACUUUUAAGAGAUAACUGGACUUGUGUUACUGGACUCUCUAUAUAAUGCAGCCUGCUAUAUGACAAAAAUAAUAUAAAGCUUGUUUUAUAAGCAUAAACAAUUUUUGAACAAGAAUUUGAAGUGUGGU